GUCUUCAAAGCAGCGGCAAAUUCUUUCGAUCCAGUCGUCACGAUCCGAAUAUCCUACCUGGAAAUCUACAACGAGACCUUGGUCGACCUUCUGACUGGGACGGGUGACCUGGCUGUGGUGGAUUGCCCCCAGGGCGUUUAUGUGAAGGGCUUGUCCAUACAUCGAGUUAGGCACGAGGAAGAUGCUCUAAAUCUCCUUUUUGAGGGCGGGACGAACAGAGCGAUAGCAGAGCACGCGCUGAAUAAAAACUCAUCCCGAUCCCAUUGCAUCUUUACUAUUUAUAUUGAGUCUCGCUUCAGAGCUUUCUCAGACGGCAAAUGCAUUCACUCUAAAAUCAACUUAAUAGAUCUGGCAGGCUCAGAGAGACUCAGCAAGACUGGGUCUGAGGGACAGAUUCUGAAAGAAACCGUGUACAUCAACAAGUCUCUGUCGUUCCUCGAGCAAAUCAUCAUUGCCCUGGCUGAUAGUAAGAGGGAACACGUCCCCUUCCGGCAGAGCAAGCUCACCCACGUUCUCAAGGACUCGCUAGGGGGAAACUGCAAUACUGUCCUAGUGGCAAACGUCUGCGGGGAAGCUGUGCACGUGGAAGAGACUCUGUCUUCUCUUCGUUUCGCCACCAGAAUGAAAUGGAUCACGACGGAGCCCGUCAUCAAUGAGACCUACGACCAAGAGGGCACAGUGAAGGCUUUGGAGAGGGAGAUUGCUCUUCUCAAGCAGGAACUAGCCAUGAAUAACAGCUUGGUAAAUUGUUCUCCGGUGACUUACGACCCUCUGACUGACGUCCAGAUAGCAGAGAUUAAGUCUCAAGUCCGAAAAUACCUAAAUGGAGACAUUGAUGAAAUCGAUAUAGUGAACGUCAGGCAAAUCCAGGAGGUGUUUAAGCAGUUCAAGCUGAUUGUAAGUCAACAGGAGCGUGAAGUGGAGGCCAGGCUGCGGAGCAAGUACGCUCUGAUCGACAAGAAUGACUUCGCUGCCAUUUCAGCUGUUGGAAAGGCAGUUGUGGUUGAUGUGGAUGGCCACCUGGUGGAGGAAGAGGACGGCCAGUCUUUUGGAACCAUAACUGCUCGUUCUUCAUCUGAACGUUCUUCGAGGGUGUCCAGGAUGACUGCAGAGCAGCCCAACUCCCCUCCGUCCAAGCUCGUGGCAUUUGAGCAAUUUCAGGAGGAGUGCGGAAGUGAGAUCAUCCAAAUCUUUAAAGAGAACAAAAGCAUCCUCCUCGCGAGGAAGAAGAAGAACUUUGCAGUGAUGCAGAGGAUCUCCUCCAUCAAGCGUGAGAUGGACGGCAUCAACAGGGCCCUGGAGACUCGCAAGCAGGAGUGGCGUCAGCAGGGAGCGUACGUUCAGCAGAAAGGACGGAUCAUAAUUGACGAGAGCGAUUUCUUGCUCUUGGUGAAGCUGAAAGACCUGAAGGAAGAGUACAAGUCAGCUUCUGCUGAAGCGCAGGAGCUGAAGGCAGAAAUCCAGUACUGCCAGCGCCUCGUCGACCGGAGCCGGGACAAACUCUUCUCAGAGUUUGAGACCUGGUACAGAGAGUCCUUCCUUAUCCCCAAGGACGUGCAGGAAGCACUGAGGCCCAACAGCAGCAUCACACCGGGAAUGAUUCCCUUGAACAGGGUCACGUGCCUGGAGGAAGAUGACGAAGACAAGUUCGAGCUGAUGCAGCAGACGACGCUGCCGGGCGGCCCGGCUUCGCUCUCGUUCUACAGGGCCAAGAUGAAGACCGAACAAAAGCACACGUACGCCAGAACCAUGUUGUCCCUUGAGAAAAUGCAGAAGAAACCCGGCGUCCUCACCGCUGCUGGGAAGAAUAAAACCCUGAUGUUCCUGCAGGUCAUGUAG